AUGAGGGACACUACGAUGUAUAGCCCAAAUUACUCUUCUCAUAUUGAUCACUUGAGUGUAGUUCUUCAUGUGAGAAACCAGGAGCUGUGGAUCAAUGGUAAGAAGUGCAGUUUUGGAGAAUCACAGCUGGAGUAUCUUGGGCACAUUAUAUCCUCGGCUGACCCUAAAAAAAUUUCUGCUAUGCCCCGUUGGCCAGCACUUAAGGACAUUCGCAGUCUGAGGGGGGAAGCACAAACAACGUUUGUCCAGCUUAAGAGGAAGAUGGAGGUUUUGCCCACCUUAGCCAUGGCAAACUUUGACCUACCAUUUGUAAUUGAGAUUGAUGCCUCAGGUUAUGGAGUUGGGGUAGUUUUAAUGCAACAAAGACGACCCCUAGCAUUUAUUAGUCAAGCUUUAUUAGACCGAAAUAAGGUGAAAUCAAUCUAUGAACAGUUUGAAAUUCCUUUUGGAGCAAAGGGUUCUGGCAGGGGAACAGCUGAAAUGGGUACCAAGCUAAUGGGGUUCGACUUUGAAAUUCAGUACAAACAAGGACUAGAAAACAAGGCGGUUGUCGCAUUGUCUAGGGUGAUGAGUUAUAACACUAUAUCUAUGGUGACUAAUGCUGACCUUGUUGACCUGGCUGAGGAGGUCCUUGGUGAUGAAGUGCUGAAGGGAAUCAUGCAACAAUUAGUGUCUCAUUCUAAUUCCCAUCCACACUAUGCAAUCUUUCAAGGAUGUUUACUUCAGCCCCUACCCAUUCCCAUGCAUGUAUGGGAAGACAUCUCGAUGGAUUUUAUUGGCGGACUUCCCAAGGUUAAAGGUGCUGACAGCAUUAUGGUGGUGGUCGAUAGGCUAAGCAAAUAUGCUCAUUUCAUCCCCUUACUUCACCCAUACUCGGUUAAGGAGGUCGCUGUUGUGUUUGUAAAAGAAAUAGUUCGUUUGCAUGAUGACCCCUUCAAGGCACUUUAUGGCCAAGACCCUCAUAUGAUUGACCCUUACUGUAGGGAUAGUACUAUGGUGGCUGAGGUAGACCAAUUAUUGCUCUUCCGGGACAACAUCAUAGAAGAGCUUAAGCAACACUUACUUAGAGCACAGUGGAGGAUGAAAGGGCAGGCGAGAAGUAGAAUAUCACAUUGGGGACAUGGUGUACUUGAAGGCUUGACCAUAUGGGUUGAAGUCAUUAGCAAAGAGAGUAAAUGA